GUCUCCUGACGUGUGUGAACUGUAUGAAGGUGAAGUGGGGGGCCAUUCUCCAAGUGGUCUCUACAGUAGCGAAGGUCCUGGCCCUCAUCGUCAUCAUCAUCGCUGGGAUGAUUAAGCUGGGACAAGGUAUAGUACGGCAUCUGGCUUGGGAGACAUAACCCACCUGUCCCCAAUGUCAGUGUGCUGGCAUAUUCAUGAUAUAGCUUCACUUGCUGACCAGUAGUGUGUGUGUGUGUGUGUGUGUGUGUGUGUCUAUUCUUCAGUAUGUGAGUUGUUUUGUUGUUGAUAGUGGAUGAAAUGAGUCCCCCUUACAAUGUAAAGAGCAUUGAACAACAGGGAAAGAACUAUGAUGUGUAACUCAGUGAUUUAAUCCAUUACAGUUCAUUUAUCCAUUAUAUCCAAUUCAUGAUGUGAUCCCUGGCCUCUGUCUGUAGGCCAGACGCAGAACUUUGAAGAUUCGUUUAAGGGUUCUAAAGUGAACCCUGGGGAUAUGGCCCUGGCUCUGUAUGCUGCGCUGUACUCCUACUCCGGCUGGGACACACUCAACUUCAUCACCGAGGAAAUCAAGAACCCGGAGAGGUGAGGCAGUCUUUAUGUCAUGAUGUUUAUGUUUAUUUUUAAGUUUGGAAAUAAAUAGUGGCCCUUGUGUGUACUGCCAGUAAUACCGUAUACCCCGGUAUGGUAUAGGAAUGGUACUGCCAUACCUAGUCCUUUCUUGACCUUUCUUUGUCUGACUCUUGUUAUAUAGACACAGAACGUAUGCCGGGCACUGCCCGUCUGGUUCCUCUCAAGGUUUCUCUCUCCCUGCAAAGUUUGUCCUUGUUUUUUUCUAAAGUGUUCUAUCAAUCUUCUUUAUCCAUUCCUACCAGGAACCUCCCGUUGGCCAUAGGGAUCUCCAUGCCCAUCGUCACAGUGAUCUACAUCCUGACUAACAUUGCUUACUACACCGUUAUGGAUGCUGGAACUGUGCUGGCCAGUGAUGCUGUGGCU